CUUGCAGUCUUGCAGGUGUCACUCUUCAUUCCGCCCUGUAGGUGGGUCUUAACGGAUUCGUCCGUCCUCCUCCAAGUACCGUUACAGCUCCGGGUUUUUCCUCUGUCGUUUCUUUUCUUUUUUUUCUGGAGCUCGUCCGGACAUGGACUGGACCAGACUGUAGAAUGAAGCAAGCGGAUCGUCGGUGCCGGGAGGACUCGUUUUUAUAACGGAAUACUUUCUUCAAAAGGGGGAUUUUUUUGUUCAAAUAAACCAUCCCCCUAUCUAUACAAACACAUAGACACACAAACGCUAUUACAAACACACACACACACACACACACACAUACACGUACACCCGCACACACACACACACACACACACACACACAGGCACGCACGCUCACACGAACGCAAGCGCGCACAAUGUCCACAGUGUCUGUGCGUUUUUACGCAGCCGCGGCGCAAAUUUCCCGUCUUUGAUUUUUGCCAUCAUUAGUGUUAUUAUUGUUUUUAAUUCAGGCUUUAUCCUCGCUCGCUUUUCUCGUCGUUGGACGGAGGAGCCAGCAGCCCGUCAUCCAGCCUCUUCGCCAACUUUCCCCCCCUCCAUCAGAAGGCAUGGAUCUAUCGCGGCUCGGUUCGGUUCGGCUGUGCGGUUUAAGGAUUUUUAGGGCUCUGUGGCUUCUCUCCGCCGCCGCCUUCCCAGCCGCGUCCCUCGGCUCCAUGCUCGACUGUCCGCCGACCUGCAGCUGCUCGCCCACCGAGAUCCACUGCAAUAAGUCCGACAGCGGCAGCUUCUUCCCCCUGCUCGCGCUGCACGACACCGGGGGCAACAACGGCAGCGGCAGCGGCGACAUCGAGGACCUGUUCAAGAACAUCUCGUCCAUACACAUAGAGAACUGGACAGGACUGCAGAUUCUAAGGGAUGUUGACAUGGAGCUCUACACUGGACUACAGAGGCUGACUAUCACAAACUGCAAUCUACGAUCAAUUCAAGCUCGGGCCUUUUCACAAAACCCUCAUCUCCGAUACAUAAACUUGUCCAAGAACCCACUCACCACUCUUUCUUGGCAGCUCUUCCAUCACCUGCAACUGGUUGAACUGAGGCUGGAGGGGAUUGUGUUUGACUGUGGCUGUGAAAUUCGCUGGAUCCAGCUGUGGCAGCACAGAGGAGAAGCAGGCUUACAAACUCAACAGCUCUACUGCAAGAACGGAGCCUACAAGAUCCGCCUGCGGGUCAUGAACAUCGCUCAAUGUGACCUGCCGGAUAUCAGUGUGACUCGCAGCAACAUGACUGUCAUGGAGGGAGACAACAUCACAGUUACCUGCAACGGUUCGGGAUCUCCGUUACCUGAUGUUGACUGGGACGUGUCUGGGCUGCACUCUAUCAACACACAUCAGUCCAAUGUAUAUUGGCCAAACAUUCACUCCAUCAAUCUCACUCUCGUCAACGUGAGUCGGGACGACAACGGCUACUUACUGACCUGCAUCUCUGAGAACGUGGUCGGGAUGACCAAUAUGUCUCUGCAGCUGGCAGUGCAAUUUCCUCCAGUGAUUCUGAAGCUGGAGGAGCCGGAGCGGCGACACCACACCUGUAUCGAGUUCACUGUGCGGGGCUUUCCACAUCCGACACUGCGCUGGCUGUAUAAAGGCCGGGAGCUGCAGAGUCCAUACAUCCACACUGAAAUGGAUCUGUACCAGGACUAUCUGGAGGGCUGCCUGACUUUUGAGAACCCUACACAUUACGACAAUGGAAAUUACACACUGGUGGCCACUAACCCCCUCGGCUCAGUCACCAAAACUGUCUUUGGACAUUUCCUGGAGGCACCACCAUUCAUGGAUGAGGAGGGAAUUCUAGAGUACGACCCCACACCUGGAAAUGAUGCGAACAGACCGGAUGAGGACUCUUUUGGGAUGUCCAUAGCUGUGGGAUUGGCCGGCUUUGGCUGCGUGUUUCUCAUUGUGAUGUUUGUGCUCAUCAACAAGUACGGCAGACGCAACAAAUUUGGAAUGAAAGGUCCAGUAGCAGUGAUCAGUGGUGAGGAAGACUCCGCCAGUCCUCUUCAUCAUGUCAACCACGGCAUCAUCACACCGUGCACACUGGAUGCUGGACCUGAUGCUGUGGUUAUUGGAAUGAGCCGCAUUCCUGUGGUGGAGAACUCGCAGUACUUCCGGCACGGACACACCUGUAGCAAACCUGCCACGCACGUCCAGCACAUGAACCGGCGGGACAUCGUGCUGAAGCGUGAACUGGGCGAGGGGGCUUUCGGAAAGGUUUUCUUGGCGGAGUGUUACAACCUCAGCCCUACCAAGGAUAAGAUGCUGGUAGCUGUCAAGACCCUGAAAGAUCCAACUCUGGCUGCAAGGAAGGACUUCCAGAGAGAGGCAGAGCUGCUGACUAACCUCCAGCAUGAUCACAUCGUCAAGUUUUACGGCGUGUGUGUGGAUAGCGACCCUCUCAUCAUGGUGUUUGAGUACAUGAAGCAUGGAGAUCUCAACAAGUUCUUGAGGGCUCAUGGUCCAGACGGCACCAUCUUAGUGGACGGCCAUCCCAUGCAAAGUAACGGGGAGCUGGGUCUAUCGCAGAUGUUGCAUGUUGCCACCCAGAUUGCAGCUGGGAUGGUGUAUCUCUCCUCCCAGCACUUUGUCCACCGUGACCUGGCCACACGUAACUGCCUGGUGGGGAACGGCCUGCUGGUCAAGAUUGGUGACUUCGGCAUGUCCAGAGACAUCUACAGCAUGGACUAUUAUCGGGUGGGUGGACACACCAUGCUGCCCAUUCGCUGGAUGCCACCCGAGAGCAUCAUGUACCGGAAGUUCAGCACGGAGAGUGACGUGUGGAGCUUCGGUGUCAUCUUGUGGGAGAUCUUCACCUACGGGAAACAGCCGUGGUUUCAGCUGUCCAAUAACGAGGUCAUCGAGUACGUUACACAGGGCCGGGUUUUGGACCGGCCCCGCCUUUGUCCGAAGGAAGUUUACGACCUCAUGCUGGGCUGCUGGCAGAGCGAGCCGCAGCAGCGACUGAACAUCAAAGACAUUCAGAAAGUCCUUUACGCUUUAGGCAAAGCCACACCCGUCUACUUGGACAUCCUCGGCUAACGCCGGCGUGUUUCACCCUCGCCCGAGGCCAACGCAAUCCAGGAAUAACCAAACAGCCCCUAACCUUACUACUCCACUGUAAAAUCACCUACACGCUGGGGAUGGACUUAAGUGCCUGCAACACCUUUUUUCAAUACACUGGAAUAUAAAAAAGAAAAAAAUAUUUAAAAACAAGUACUUUUACAUUUUGUUUACUCAGUACAGUAUAUAGUGUACAGAAUUCUACGAAGAGAAACAUUUUCCUAAAAGCUGAUGAACAAAAUACACACAAACAAAAAUUGUGUCAAAGGAAAUUGUUGCCUUUGACAUGGCAACCACGUGUCUAAUGAAAAAAAAGCUUUCCAGUGUUUCAUUUUAUAAACGUAUAUAUACAUAUAUGAAUAUAUUUUUAUUUAUUUAGUUUCAUUUUGGAAGGUAUGGGUGCCUGUUGUGUUCAGCGCUGUUGGUAGAUUUUCAUUUCUGUUGAAAAAAUCUUCAUUUUCUUACUUUUUUCUGUUUUUAUUUUUUAUUUUUCUUGCUUUUCAAAGUUGGGUCUUAAUCAGAAAAGCCUUACUAAAUUUAGGCUCUUUUUCUAGCUAGCUAGUUAGCAUUUCUUUCAUAUCUUUCGCUUUUUUUUUUAUAAUCGGCUAUUAAAUUUCAUUUGUCAGUUUAAUUUGUCGGUGAAGAGUUCUUGAGUGGGAAGCGUCUUUAGAAUACUAAAAUAUAGGUAUAUUUUAAUUGUAUGUGAUUGUACAUACUGUAAAUUUAUAUACUUGUCAACUUAACUUAUUUUCUUUUCUUUUUAUGGUCGUUUCUUUUUGUUCGUUUUUUGUUUUUUCCUUUUUUUUGUUCUUUCUCUCAACCCAGUGGUUGGUUGGUAGCAUAGACUUUUUAAACACUCAACCAUAAAGAGGGCAUAAAUAUUGUUCUGUGUGACCACUAGUGCAACACUUAAUCCACCCACGCUUUUACGGUCAGUUCAUUUCCCGUAUGGAGCCAGAUCUGGAAAGAACUGCUGCAAGACAGCUGUGGAGGAAACAUCAGCUGCCCGCAAAAUCGUGAAGAAAUGGUAUACUGCUUUAUUUUCAAAGUUGCAAAAAAAAAAAAAAAAAAAACCUUAAUGUGGCAAAAGAACAAACUGCAGGCCUCCUGACACAGUUCUGAACGGACACCCAUUUGACGCAAUGUUUUGCAUACCCUUCAUACGUAUGUGAUAUUAUCAGUGCCAUCGCAUCGGAAGUUAACGAUCUCACGGUGUUGUCGUCUGUAGCGAAACAAUUCUGUGUUCUUUUUUGCAAUAGGUGUGUCUGUAGUUAUUUUACACCGAAAUCUUUCGCAACGUCACCAUUUUGAUGACUUCAGAUUCUCUUGCCUCUUUGCAGUACCGAAAAACGUUUGCUAAAGACAAACGACAAAUGUAUGUUUAGAUUAUGUAUUAAAUAAAUAUUUAAAAAUC